CUUUAAGCCAACAAUAUUGGUCUACCUCAACUACACGCACCAUUCAUUGCCUUUAGUCGAAUUCGAAACGUAAAUAAAGCAUUAGCAUCUGCUUAUCUCUGGAAGUACGUGAAACAAUCUCCUUAUCUCUAGAAAAUAUAUUUUCAAAAAAGGUCAGUCGGUGUGGGGCCAAUGAUUGCAUUAAUAUUUUAGCUUAAAUAUCAUGUAAUUAUUCGAUUUCAAUUCAGUUUCCAAAGCUUGAUGAGACAACGAAAACACCGAACAAAAUGUUGCGGGCAAAAGUUUUAAUUAUUUCUCUUUUUGUGAUGCUAUUUGCAUCAUACAUAACAUGCUUCAGUGAAGAAUCAAUAUUUGAGGAUGAAGAUAUUUAUCGCAUGGCAUUGCCGCCUCCAAAUGCCACUGGAACCACUGUACCGGGUACCAAAUGGUGUGGUCCCGGCAAUACAGCUGCCAAUUAUAAUGAUUUGGGUAAACAUCGCGACACGGAUACAUGCUGUCGUGAACACGAUCAUUGUGAAAUGAUAAUUGAACCCACCGCCUCAUUGCAUGGCAUUACAAAUAGUGGCAUGUUUCCCAUUAUGAAAUGUUCCUGCGAACAGAAAUUCAUCAACUGUUUGCAAGCCGUCAACAGUAUGGUGUCAAAUACUUUGGGUCACAUCUAUUUUGGUGCCACCAAACAGUGUGUAGAAUAUGGUUUUCCCAUUGUUAAUUGCAAACAAUAUAUGGAGGGUACAUUCCGAAAACGUUGUAUUCGCUAUAAGAUCAAUAAGAAACGUCCACAAAUAUGGCAAUUAUACGAUAUACCAUUCUAUACAACAAGUAGUGUCAAUAAGCCGAAAUAAGCAUGAAAAAAAUACAGAGAUUCUUCAGAAGAGUAGUCAGUAGUAACUUUACUUACCGGGAACAUAAAUAUAAUAGAAAAUUGUUAAGAUUUAAUAAAAAUUGUUGAAAUUCUAAAAAAAUAAUUUAAAAUAAAUAACUUAGGUCCAA